AUGGAGGAUUAUGAAACCGUAGCUUUGAUAGAAGAGUGUAGUGCCAUAAUUGAAAAGAAACUUCCUCAAAAGUUGAGAGAUCUGGGCAGUUUCACUAUACCUUGCACCAUAGGGAAUUUUCAUUGUGAGAGGGCUUUAUGUGAUCUAGGAGAGUUAAGGCUGAGGGUGCAAGGUGAUGAGGUUGUAUUUAAUGUGUUCAAGGCUUUAAAGUAUCCUAGUGCAAGUGAUAGUUGCUUUAGUGUAAAUGUAAUUGAGGAACGAUUGUCAACUAGACAACUUGUUGAAGAUCCGCUUGAGAUGAGCCUUAUUGCACAAGGUGGGGAAGACUGUGAUGGUAUUGAGGUUCUUAAAUAUGUAAAAUGGCUAAACUCCGUUGGACCUAUUUAUAAGAAGAAAUAUGAGGAACUUGGACAACGACCCAAGAGACCACUACCAUCUAUAAAGAAACCACCUAUCCUUGAAUUGAAAUAUUUACUAGAUCAUCUUAAAUAUGCGUACUUGGGUAAGAAUGAUACUCUCUCUGCUAUUAUUUCUGCUUCAUUAUCUAUUGUUGAAGAGGAAAACUUAUUAAGAGUACUUCGAGCUCAUAAAUUGGCCAUUUGUUGGACUUUAGCUGAUAUAAAAGGAAUUAGCCCAUCUACUGUUAUGCACCCUAUUCUCGUAGAGGAGGACAAUAAGGCUAUGACGGAGUGGAGAAUUUUUAUUGACUACAGAAAGAUAAACAAGGCAAAAAGGGAAGACCACUUCCAACUGCCUUUUGUGGAUCAAAUGCUUGAUAGACAGUCAGGCCAUCAAUUUUAUUGUUUUUUAGAUGGGUAUUCUGAUUAUCACCAAAUACCUAUUGCUCCCGAAGAUCAAGAGAAAACAAAUUUUACUUGUCCUUAUGGUACAUUUGCUUUUUGUAGAAUGCCAUUUGGAUUAUGCAAUGCUCUUGCUACAUUUCAGAGAUGCAUGCUAUCAUUAUUUUCGGAUAUGGUGGAGAAGAGCAUUGAAAUGUUUAUGGAUGAUUUCUCGGUCUUUGGUUCUUCAUUUGAUUUAUGUUUACAGAAUUUGGAGAAGGUGUUAACAAGAUGCGAAGAAUCUAAUUUGGUCCUGAAUUUGGAAAAAUGUCACUUUAAGGUGAGUGAAGGAAUUGUUUUGGGGCAUAAGAUUUCAAGCAAAGGAAUAGAAGUAGAUCGUGUGAAGGUUUCAACUAUUGAAAACUUGCCUCCUUCGAUUUUAGUUAAGGGUGUUAAGAGUUUUCUUGGCCACACUGGAUUUUAUAGGAGAUUUAUUAAAGAUUUCUAA